AUGCCUCCCCUUCCCAGUACACUUGCCCAGGAAACACAAAACCUCAUAUCCUCUCUCGACAGACGGCAAAAACACAUCAAUGAGGUCCAAAUUCCCGCUCUUCGGCAAUGCACAGGCCCUUUGUCACUGCAGCAGAAACUUGCUGAAGAGCUGAAGGAUGCGAUUGAUGCCCACUCCAGGCAGAUUGAAGUGAACGAUCAGCAGGGGGAGAAGGCUAGAAGGGAGCUAGGGGCUAUCGUCGACACAUCUCGCGAAGCUCUCGAUCGAAUGCGCAAAGACACACGAUCUGCGCUUCUUAUUUCAAAGAAAGCUAUCGAGUCGCAGAGAACAGCCCAUCGAGACGAACUGUUAAGUUUGGCUGGCAUACUAAAGGAAGAGGGCAACCAAAGCAAUUAUGGGGCCAGCAACGAGAAAUUUGGCGAAGACGCUCUCAUGAAAGCCAACGCGGACGUGACAGACGCGCUCCGCCGUACUAUUGCGGCCAUGCAGAAUGAACUGGAACGCUCCGUCCUCUCCAAUCAAAUGCUCGAAUCAUCCUCAGCGUCCCUCCACGCGACCUCGUCUCAACAUGAUAAACUCUCCAGCUUCAUGAUCACCUCAAAGCACCUCGUCACCGCCCUUGAAAAAUCUGACUGGCUUGACCGCGUUAUAAUCAUAUCCGCAUUUAUGUUCUUUCUCCUCGUCGUCCUGUUCGUUCUGAAACAACGCUUCGUGGGUUGA